UCGAGCAGCCUACUUUUUAUAUGCCCUUGGCCUGAAAAUUAUCGAUUCUAGUCCAGCUUUAAGUCAGCUCAACACGUGCAAAAGAGGGACGGUUGGACAAUUUUGAACAAUGGUUGACGUUCAAAAUACAUUUAUGGCACGAAAUAUGAGGCAGGCCAGCAUAUAUUUUGAGUCAUAACACCUACGCAGAGGAAUUCAUCCUGAUGAACGGCAUGGAUCUCACACAUGCGUGACAUAUCGACACGUGGGAAAUAAGAGUCCAUGAAAAAAAUCCUGCGCGCGUAUUGUCCCAUGGAGAGCUGGCGGGAGUUACAUGAUUGAUACUCGGGCAGCGACGCAGCGCAUGACGCUUGAUACGCAGGCACUCAAAAAAUGUACACGUGGAAUACAUGAACUAAAAUUAAACCGACUACAUUGUGUAAUCAACUGUCUAUAUUUAAGAUCAUAUUUUCAAAUUAGUUGAACAAUUCUAACCUCUGGUAAUACAACCAUUGGAUAUUCUUCAUUCUCAGCCGUCCAAUAAAUGGCCACCAAUUCGAUAUACUUAAAUAAUGUGGAAAAUAUUUAAAGUUUUGUUUCAUGAUACAUAUAAACUAGAAACUAUGAUUUCGACAAUUAAACUACUUAGUUCUAGCCAAGUAUGCAAUUUCUAAGUGCCUGAGUAUCAUCCAUCACCGUCAGCCAGAGUAUCAAAGCUCUUCUCCUUCCAAAAUCUCCCACUCAAAAUCGCUUCUCUCUCGCGAAAGAAGAAAAAUACAGAGAAUUCAAUCCUCCCGAUGGCUUCUGUGUCGGCAAAACCCACUCUCUCUCAUCCCUCUCUCUCUUCUCUCCUUCCUCUCCGCAAAUCUCAACCGUCGAUCACCUUCCCCAUCUACAAAUCCCCACCGUCCAUCCCGUCCUCCCUCUCCUGCCAUCUCCCCCUCUCUCCCUUCCUCGGCCGUUCCCUCAAACUCCCCUUCCCUCCGAUCCCUUCCCUCUCCCCCCGCACCCAUCUCUCGAUCCUAGCCGUCGGUUCCGACCCCAGACCAACCGUCCUCAUCUCGGAGAAGCUCGGUGAGGCCGGCCUCGAUCUCCUCCGGGCGUUCUCCAACGUCGAUUGCUCCUACAACCUCUCCCAACAGGAGCUCUGCGCGAAGAUCUCGGAAUGCGACGCGUUGAUUGUGCGGAGUGGGACGAAGGUGACGAGGGAGGUGUUCGAGGCUUCGAGGGGCCGGCUCAAGGUUGUUGGGAGGGCAGGUGUUGGGAUCGACAACGUCGAUCUCCAGGCGGCGACGGAGCAUGGGUGUCUUGUGGUGAAUGCGCCUACAGCGAAUACGGUCGCAGCUGCCGAGCAUGGGAUUGCUCUGCUUGUGGCGAUGGCGCGGAAUGUCGCACAGGCGGAUGCAUCGAUGAAAUCUGGGAAGUGGCAAAGAAACAAGUACAUUGGUGUCUCUCUGGUUGGGAAGACAUUGGCAGUGAUGGGGUUUGGAAAAGUUGGAUCCGAAGUUGCUAGACGUGCGAAAGGCCUGGGGAUGCAUGUUGUGGCACAUGAUCCAUAUGCCCCAGCUGAUAAAGCAAGGGCUAUUGGUGCAAAGCUAGUGUCCUUUGACGAGGCCAUAACUGUUGCUGAUUUCAUCUCACUCCACAUGCCCCUCACCCCUGCCACAUCGAAGAUCCUCAACGAUGAAUCUUUUGCAAAGAUGAAGAAAGGAGUAAGGAUUAUUAAUGUUGCUCGGGGUGGAGUUAUAGAUGAAGAUGCUUUGGUGAGAGCACUCGAUAAUGGAACUGUUGCUCAGGCGGCACUUGAUGUUUUCACAGAAGAGCCUCCAUCUAAAGACAGCAAAUUAAUACAGCACGCAAAUGUCAUUGUUACGCCACACCUUGGAGCGAGCACGACGGAAGCUCAGGAAGGUGUAGCCAUCGAAAUAGCAGAGGCUGUUAUCGGAGCAUUGCAAGGAGAACUUGCUGCAACUGCUGUGAAUGCCCCCAUGGUUCCUUCUGAGGUUUUGUCUGAGCUGGAACCUUAUGUUAUGAUGGCAGAGAAGCUGGCCAGGCUGGCUGUACAGUUGGUGGCCGGAGGGAGCGGCAUUAAGUCAGUCAAGGUAGUGUACACAUCAGCUCGAGAUCCAGAUGACCUGGACACGAGGCUUCUCCGAGCCAUGAUCACGAAAGGCAUCAUAGAGCCGAUUUCCAGCAUGUUUGUCAACCUGGUCAAUGCCGAUUUCACAGCCAAGCAGAGAGGCCUCCGGAUCAGCGAGGAACGGGUUGUCCUUGAUGGGCCAACAGAGUUCCCCCUUGAUUCAAUCUGGGUCCACAUAAGCGAUGUGAAGUCGAGGUUCGCUAGUGCCUUAUCAGAGUCAGGUGAGAUUAGAGUGGAGGGCAGGGUGAGGGACGGGGUGCCCCACCUGACCCGUGUGGGAUCUUUCAGUGUAGAUGUGAGCCUUGAAGGGAAUUUGAUACUCUGCAGGCAAGUGGACCAGCCUGGUCUGAUUGGGCGGGUAGGAAACAUCCUAGCUGAUCAAAAUGUGAAUGUGAGCUUCAUGAGUGUAGGCAGGAUAGCACCGAGGAAGCAUGCCAUCAUGGCGAUUGGUGUGGAUGAGGAACCAAAUAAGGAGACUCUCAAGAAGAUUGGCGAUGUACCAUCUGUUGAAGAGUUUGUGUUCCUCAAGCUAUAGAGAGUAGGAGAAUCAGUCACCUAAGGAUUCUCAUUUUCAUUCUUUCGAAGAUCAGGUUUUACAUGGGGGGAGUUGCAAUAGCUGCUGCUAAGGUAGCUCUCCUGUCUUUCCUUAUUCUUGCUGUUUGAGGUUUUUGGCCUAAUAUUACCUGCUGGAGAAAUGCCACAGGAGAUUCGAUUAAAAACAGAUUGAUGAGGAGAUUUGCAGUGCAUGUGCCAACAUGUCACCCAUGUACAUGAUAUGGGUCAUUCAUCAGGUGGGCCCACUGUGAACAUGUCAUGGACCAAAAAUCCAACUGGUGACCAUGCAUAUGUUGAAUAUCAAAAUGCUGGUCCUUUUCCACUUGUCCAUUUCCCCUCCAUGUAUGCCUCACCUAGCAAGUCGACCGUAUGCGUUUUUGGGACAGGGAAUGUUCUUGGUGGCCCCCACCUCAUUAAGGGCUCGGAUCUCACACAAGCAUGGCAUGCUGACAUCUGCGUUGCGGAUCUCCAUAACAAUUAGCAUCUCUUACCUAGUGUUCUUGCUGUGUUCCUUUUGUCAAUGCUACAUGGCAGAAGCUAGACACAGUCAGUUUUGAUCUACAUGGUUGGCGGUUCUGCGUAUUGGGGUUGAUCCUAUCUCUGAGUAUGUAGUGGAUUGUUGAAGCUUCUAAUUCUCUCCUGGAAUGCUCGAUUUCACUGCUAAACUACCACAAUUAAUUAUUCUUUGAUGUAAUACUUUUCAUUUUUCCAAUAAAAUUAUUUGGCUGUUCAUGAUCA